UUUUAUUUUGAUGUUUUGUUUUAAGAAAAUACUUAUUUGCAUUUGCUUUGUCAAUCAACAAGAAAUAUGUUCGCAAUUUGAGUCAGUACAGAAAAGUUUGCCACAGCGUCAGUAAUUUAAAAGUGUAUUUAACGCAGUGCUAUUGAAGUAACUUUUUUGUACUAAAGGUAUAAAUCGCUAAAGUGGGUUGUGGUUGGCUUAUCUAUGACAAUGUUUAUUUUCACUGCUUAAAUGAAAAUACAUUUCGACUGAUAAAUGUACGUGCAUAUUUAUUUAGAAAUUCGACCGAAGCGGUAUUUGUUAAGGCUCAAUACUUAAAUAAAUUUUUCUGUGCCAACAAUUGCAUUUAUUGACGAUCUAUAGAAAGUUAAUGGUGUUAUAACUGUACAUACAACCACACACAGCAUUUCUUCGCUCAACGCCCACAAAAUAUUUAACAGCUGUAGCCAGUACCCAGUUUGGUUAAACGGCAUUUCUCCGAUGACUGUUGUUGGCGCUGUUGCCCCUAGACCUUGACCUAAUAACCUUCCCGGCUUUUAACCCGAUAACGAUUAUUAGUUUGUAAUAUAUUUGUAAUAAACAAUAAAAAAUAAAUAAAUAAAUACGGGAUAUCCACGGUUUCUGGAGCGAGUGUUAGUAUGCUGGCUUAUUCGGGGCACAUAAUGACGCUAGCCAAUAGCAUCAUUGGCGUGGGAAUACUAGCAAUGCCGUUUUGUUUUCAAAAGUGCGGCAUUGUACUUUCUGUUCUGUUGCUCAUCAUCAGUAAUUGGAUUACUCGCUUAUCUUGUCAUUACCUUAUAAAAUCAUCACUGCUGACACGACGCAAAAGCUUUGAGUUUUUGGGUUUUCAUGCAUUCGGCGCUUCGGGCAAGCUACUAGCUGAGCUAUGUAUUAUCGGAUAUCUCUUCGGCACAUCCGUUACAUACUUCGUUGUGAUGGGCGAUUUAGGGCCGCAAAUUGCCACAAAGAUGUUUUCCCUCAACACUUCCGAAUUUCCACAUCUCCGGACUUGGGUGAUGAUCGGUGUAACACUCUUCUGUAUACUGCCAUUGGCUAUGUUGAAAAAUGUGGAUAGUCUUUCGACAGUGUGCGCUGCAUCGAUAGGAUUUUAUGUCUGUUUGGUCGUAAAGAUUGUGUUGGAGUCCGAGGCGCACAUUGUGACGCAUGAUUGGGUCGACAAAGUGGAAUAUUGGCGUCCAGCUGGCAUCCUACAAUGUUUACCCAUUUUUAGUAUGGCGCUGUCAUGCCAAAUGCAACUCUUUGAGGUGUUCGAGAGCAUCAAUAAUCAGAGCGUUGAAAAAUUGAAUGGAAUUGUACGAAACGCAACAUGGAUUUGCACUUUUGUGUACAUAGCGGUUGGAUUUUUUGGCUAUGUGGCCUUCUGCACUCAAACAUUUUCGGGCAAUAUUUUGAUGAACUUCUCGCCCUCCUUUGGCAGCGAUGUUAUCAAAAUUGGCUUCGUGUUGUCGGUUGCAUUCAGUUUUCCACUUGUUGUGUUCCCUUGUCGCGCCAGUAUUUACUCACUUCUCUAUCGUAAGGGCCACACUGACAACACGGGCUAUAUUCCAGACAACCGUUUUAAGGUGAUCACUACCUGUCUUGUUGGCUGUGCACUUUGCAUCGCUCUAAUGAUACCCUCGGUGGAGUUGAUUAUCGGUUUAGUGGGUUCCACCAUCGGCGUUGCCAUUUGCAUAUUGUUUCCGGCAUUCUGUUUUCGGAAAAUUGUCAAAAAGGACUCUACCGAGCGUUCUUUGGCGCAGUUUAUAUUCAUUAGCGGCUUUUGCCUAAUGGUUUUGGGCACUUAUGCCAAUUUAAACGCAAUUGAUGAACGACGAUCUGGUGCGCAUUUGCAUGUGGCAGAAGAGCUGGAAAAUUCGAAUUUCGCGAGACCAACGGAAAAAGUUAAUGUGUUAUCACAAGACGCUAUUGCACCCUUUCAACAGCAAAUAGGGAAAAUAAAAUCAGAAAACCAAUUUGGUGAAUUGAAGUUUAAAGAUAAUGAUUUGGUGCUCAAUGCAAAUCACGUAAUUGAAAACAAGCCGGACGUUUUGAUGAAUGCAACUCCUGCGCGGCCGGUUCCGCCGUUACCUGUACAAGAUAUUCAUAAGGCAGAAGGCAAACCAAAAGCGAAUAUGGUAGCUGAAAAGCAAGAAAGUAGCUUCAACGUGAAUUCACCCAACCCAGAGGCGAUUAUAAAUGUUGAGUCGAAAAAAAAUGUAGGCGACGUGCAUAAAGUUGACAAAAAUAAGGAAGGCGAAAAGGAAUCUGCUGCGUCGAAUCUUAAGCAACUGCAAUCGAAUUCUCUACCUAAUCAACAAGCGGCGCAACUGCAAAACAUUCCUCUACAACUGCAAAGCUCGCGGCCAAAUCAAAAACAGCAAACAAUAGAUAAGGAUGCUAUUAAGAAGGAAGAAGAAAUUGCAGCCGAAGAGUUGAAAAAUGGCCAAAAAGCGCCGAAAAGCAGCAAUGAUGUCGAACUUAAGGAAACGCGAAAAGAAUUGAAAAAGACAAAGGAAUUGCUGGAACGCACUGUUGAUGAACUAAAACAAGAAUUGGCUAAACAGAAUGAAGAAACACAGAACAUGGUUGUUGAAAAGUUGGAGGAAGUAGUGCAAAAAGUUGAGCAAAUCGAAAAGCAGGUCCAGCAUAAUAAUCCCGCGCAAGCACCCACGCAGCUCAAUAAAGACAGUAAGGGCACUUUGCCACAAAAGCCAAAAAAUGGGGCAAAAGAAAUUGCAGUACCACCUAUAAAGAAUGAGGAUACACCUAAGGGAGAAAAGAUUCAAAACCGCCUGGAUGAGAAACCAUCACUUCUGAGUAUACUUUCUGAGCAGCCAGCAGAAGCGCGCGACACACAGCAGGUUUAUGAGCCGCUCUCCUACAAAACUGGGGAACUGAUUGAGCAAGUAAAGAAUGGCAGCAAAGCGGAACUACCAUUGCCACUUCCCUUGGCCGUAUUGAUUAACGCGUCCAAUAUUAAAACAAAUAACAAGUCAAAUAUUCAUGACCGACCAGUAGCCGAUAAGUCUAUUAGCAUUCCUCCACAUACCGCCGAUAAUACUAGCAUACCCAUUAAGACUGACAACUCAACACAAAUAAAAUCAAAUGAUCCACCGAUGGCAAGUUUUGGCCAAACACCUAUUGAAGAAGAGAAAGAGAAUGUGGAGGCUAUACGGCGAGAUAUACUCCAGUUGAAUUCCGAAGGAAUGAAAGACAUUCCAUCCUUAGUUUUAUCAAGAAACGAAACAGAAAAUGACGCUGACUUGGCUGAGGCAAAUGCGCAUCAUUUGAGGCAAAAACGCUCGAAUACAAAAUUGAAUGCGCCUAAGUUUGAGUCAAGCGAUGCGAAAUCGCAAAGCAAUAAUUAUUUGAGCGAGCCAAAUACGGAGCAAUUACUAGCACACGGAGGAAUAAGUAAUGCAAUCAAUUUUAAAAUUCAAAAUAUCGGACGCGAGCUGAGAUCAGUCAAAGAGGACAAUGAAGUGAAGCAUUAAAAUGGAGGCUAGCAUGGAAGAAAACCGCUCAAGUACUCAUCAAUUUGACUACGUUUCGACAUGCUGUUAUGGCCCUUUAUUUCUGAUGUGAAGCCAAGCUACGGCAUAUCGUCCCCUUAGUAUUAAAAUAGCCUAUAAAUUUUUUGAUGUUUUGAGAAAAUGAAUUUCAAACUUUUUGUCGAAAGUAGCUCUCACUCAAAUCUCGUUAUGUCUGUAAAUAUUUAUUAUUUUUUGACUGACGUUUUGACCCACUUUGUGGAACUAGAAUUUGACAAAAUUUUGACCACAUAUAAAAUCGACGAUGGAGAAUCCAAAAAUUCAAUAAAAAAAUAAUAGCCUAUGAGCACAUAGGCUAUUGUUAUACUAAGGGGACGAUAUAUUUACACAUAUAUAUACCUCUAUAUACUGCGUGAAUGUAUGUAUGUAUGUAAUGUAGUAUGUGUUAUUAGCUCAUUAUAUAUAGAUGACUCAAAUCCAUUAUAUGUUUAAAACAUUCCUACCGAACUCUUAAGCUUUUCUCGUAGAUUCCCGUGUACCAAGCCGUCACUUUUGCUCUGAGUGCAUAUACUUAUACAUAUACGAGUACAUACAUAUGUACAUAUUUUUAAAUAUGUUAAUGUUUGUACGCAUGUUGACAAGACUUGAUAAAAUAAAUAUUUAUUUAUUUAUAA